CGACUUUGACGCAGCCCUCCCCCUCUUCUCUCCAGUCCAUCCUUCUCUCUUUCACCGUUAAAAACUUUCCAUCCGUAAGCGAGCCUCCCGCCGGUCCUGUUAGAGCUGAGCUAUAUCGGACGCGGUCCUCAAGACUAGACGCCUACCACGUCCCAGGCUUUCUUUUGCACGUCCUGCAAAUAUCCCCAUUAUCCCAAGGCGUCGCCGGAGGGAGCAGAGCAUGAAUGGCGGCCUUCCCGUCAGUCUGUUAGCCCUGGUAUGCGCCAUGUUACCCGCGCCCGCGAACGCCGAGGCGGACGACCAGGAGGAGUGUGAGCAGGUACGGCAGCUCAACAACGAUCAAGGGUAUACGCCGUGUGAGGUCGCGCGACAAUUGAUAGCGCCGUGCUAUCCGCAGCUGGACUCAUCGCAGACUUUCAAUGCCCGAGGGUGGCUUAGUGCACAUGCCAAUUCGACAUGUUCAUGUAAUAGUGUCGUAUAUAACCUCCUGAACGCCUGCGAACUAUGCCGGGACGAGGGCCCGAUGGGUUUCUCAGACUGGACGAGCAAAUGCGGGCCACACAACGUCACCAUCACGAAUUACUACCCGAUCGCAAAUGCGGCCGUGCACAUCCCAGCCUGGGCGUACACAGACAUUGCCAGCGACAAGUUCAACGAGCAAGAGGUCCGAGACAACAAGUGGACCCCAAUACAAAUCGCCACGCCCGUCAUCGCAGGGCUCGCGGUCCUCCUGCUCUGCGGCGCCGCCUUCUGGUGGUACCGUGCGAGACACUGCCCUCCCGCCCAGCACCGCACCACCUACCCGCCAAAGCGCUGGUGCCUCUCCGACCUCCUCCGGCGGGGCCCCAGCCCGGUCGUGCACUCGCGCUUGCACUCCUGGGCGGACACCGACGCCGAGCGCCCGCAGCACCCCUCGCGCCUGUCGUCCUACUCGGACGGCGAGUCCGUGCGCGGGAUCGACCACAAGCCGUUCCUGGGUAAGAUCUUCGCGGGCAAGGGCCCCGUGCCGCUGCACUCGCUCCCGCGCCGGCAGGGCUUCCGCAUCGACGACACGGACGUGAGCACCAAGGCCGCGUCGCGCUCCUCGACGGUCGUCAUCGGCGCACACGCCGGCGCGGACGAGCAGAGCGUGCUGCUCAUCUCUCGCACGCCCGGCGUCGACUUCAGCAUCGAGAGCACGACGGUGCACUCGCCGCGCACGGAGCGGACGGCGCACUCGCCCAGGACGGAGCGGACGGUGCAUUCGCCAAGGACAGAGCGGACGGUGCAUUCGCCAAGGACAGAGCGGACGGAGGGGGGCAUGACGGGCGUCAGCCUCGACGUCGAGCCGCCCUCGCCUCUAAGCCCGGGGCUUCCCAACGUAAGCCCGUUCCAUUGCACAGUACAGCACACAUCCUGA